AUGUCGGCCGGCGUCCCUGUGAUCGAUGUCCACUCGCACAUCAACGAGACCCCCGAGACCCUCGGGCUCCUGCCUCACAUGCGAACGCAAGAGACCUGGGUGAUGGGUACCCACCUCAAAGACUGGAGCCAGAUCGACGAGAUGGCGAGGCAGUAUCCGUCCAAGGUCAUCCCUGGCUUCGGCGUCCACCCCUGGUUCGCCCACACCGUCACGGCCGAAUCGCUCGGCGACGACGCCGGCUGCACCCGCCAGCUGCUCGAGGACUAUCUGCGGCGGCAUCCAAAGUGCCUCCUGGGCGAGAUCGGUCUCGACAAGAUCGCAACCCACCCCGGCACCCGCGAGCGCUACGACUACAAGCAUCAAAUGAGGGUCUUUGAGGCCCAGUUCGAGAUGGCCUCACAACUCGGCCUGCCGGUCUCGGUGCAUGCCGUCCGGUGUCACGGCGAGCUGCUACAAUAUCUCCAGGCUCGGGCCAAGGCCAAGCGACCGGCGAGGUCGUCCGAUCGCUCUGUCCUCGACCCAGGCGCAUUGGACCAACACCAACACCAGCAACAGCAACAGCAACAGCAGCCGCUGCUUUGGCCACCAGCUAUCAUGCUGCAUUCUUGGUCUGGCUCACACGAGAUCACCCGGGCGAUCCUGAAGCUGCCGCCACGGAUCAGCCGGCUGUUUUACUUCAGCUUUUCGCACAUCGUCAACUCCAGGUCGCCCAAGUGGCGGGAGCAGAUCGCUGAGAUCCCCGAGGACCGCAUCCUGGCCGAGUCGGAUCUCGGCAGCACCGAGCUCGUGGACGAGGCCCUGGACCGGGUCUGCGCCAUGAUUGCCGAGGCUCGUGGGUGGUCGCCAGAGGAGACGCUGCAGCGACUGCAUCGCAACUCGAGCGCUUUCUGGGAGCGAUGA